AUGCUGCCACCCGCCGUGGAAGGAACCGCAGUAGACGAAGUAGCGCCACCCAUGCUAGAGGUCUUUAACUACGAAGACAGGGAGGACAGCGAACCGUCAGAUACCGAUCAUUCGGAGGGGGAAAGGCCACAGACACAACAAACCCCCCAGCCGCCAGCCCCCCUACCAACACAGAGGGAAGCAAGUGGCAGAGGGGGGCUAGAUGCCACAGCAAGUUCACAACCACCCGGCCCCCUACCACCACAAGGGGAAGCAGGCCGCAGAGAGAGGCCAGAUGCCGCAGCGGGUUUACAGCCGCCCCCAGAUGUGCCAAUAAUCGCGCAGGCAAGGAGAUGCACUUUCGAGCAGUUCGUCAAUCGAUUUUCGCCCGAAGAGGCCGGUUAUGCGAUCGAAUACCUCGAAGCAGGAACGGAACUUGGCCUCGAAAUGGCUAAGGAGGUGGGGAGGCGACGUCUAGCCAAGGUCAAGGGUUAUGAAGGACAAAAUGCCAUGGAAUACAAAAGCAGGCGGUUCGACGGCGGCCUCUCCAGCGGCACCUGGCUACAAGCUGUUCGAAUUCAAUCCCCUAUGGUGCUUAAAACCCUCGCCGAGGUCACGGGGUACAAUUGGGGGACUGAGCCGCAUACCUUUAUGCGGCCCUUUGGGCACCUCAUUCACUUCCACCCACAGAUCAAACAAAAGCUCGCGGCACUCAAGGCCGCCUUGCCAGGCGGGGAAGGAACCGAUACUAGCGAGGAGGAUUCCUUAGAUCAUCUCGAAUGUUACGUCUCAUUCGUUGACGAGCAUCUCAUGCCGCUUGUCGAUCAGUUUGCCGACGCCAACCACUCCAACCCAAAGCGUAUCCGAUAUGAGGACCUGUGGUAUCUAUUCAAACCUGGGGAUCUUAUCUACCUACCACGGAAUACUCUGCAAAAGAUGCUGAGGAACCGAGGUCACACGGAAGCAUAUCCGGAAAGCGCGAUCUACCAAACGAUAUGGAGGCUCGAGAUCUUUUGGCCACACGAAGGUGACCUUGAACUUCCUAUGAUCGGAAACGGGUCGUCCGACUGGGAGGCCAAGACAAGGCUGUACUUUGUCGACUACGACGGCACCGCAUACAAACCUGUUUCGAUCAGCGUGACAAUGGACCACUUCGACGGCGAGAAAGACAUCCGUACCUUGAACGUUUUCCCGAUACGGUUUGUCGCGGACCACGAAGCCUUGAUCGAGAAAAGCAUGGAGUGGGGCGAAAGGUUCACGCAGUGUAUCGAGCAGCGACAUGUCUCGUAUAAGGCGUGGACGCUUCAAAACGAACCGUUAGGGUGGAAGUACAUGAACAACAACAAGGGCCGGCCCGUGACCUCUCCUGAGUUUAUCGACGGAGAUGUUAUUAUCGACUUUCAAGAAGCCUUCAACGCCCAUCCGGCGUGGAAGUACAGUUACGGCCUGGCGCCAGAAACAUGGUCAAGCGACGUCCUCACUACCCGCGAUAAGUUCCCCAUCCUGUUGUGGUCUGACGCCUCUCGGUCCAAGCUCCUGUCUGAGUGGAUCAACAUCACCGUGUCUGAUGACGACAUCGACUUCCUCGAGGGCAAAGACUUUGGCAAGAAACACCCUUAUGGGCAGAACGGUGUUGACAAGCCGCCUAAAGACGAUCUUGUUCUGCUUCCACGGCGCCUUCUCGGCUAUGGGCUUCAUGAGCGCCGCUUUCUGUUUUUGGAUGUGGACAAGGUUAAGAUCAAGCGUGAAGCGGACUUCGAUCCUUUCGAUUUUCUUGAGAUUGAUCCAGUCAACAAACACAUUAUUCACUGCCUCUUAACGGACCACUUCAACACUAAAGAAGCGCGUAAGAAGGGGGAGAUUGCGAGUCAGGACCCGAUCCCGGGAAAAGGCAAUAACCUCGUGUUUCUUCUCCAUGGGCCUCCGGGGGUUGGAAAGACGGCUACAGUUGAGGCAGUGGCCCAGAAGUACCGAAGGCCGUUGUUCGCCAUCACAUCCGGAGACCUGGGCUCGACGCCCGACGCAGUCGAAUCUUCUCUGACUGAGAUAUUCCAUCUCGCUAAUGUUUGGGACUGCAUCCUCCUCCUUGACGAAGCCGACGUAUUUCUUGAAGAACGGGAGAAGAGUGAUCUCAAAAGGAAUGCCGUCGUGUCGGGUAAGUUGCCGGUGCCCUUCGUUGAUAUUCUGUGCAAUUUCGAGCUGAUAUAUCCAUUCGAAGUCUUCCUCCGGGUCAUGGAGUAUUACAACGGCGUGCUCUUUCUCACUACGAAUCGGCCCGGUCAGCUGGACGAGGCCAUCAAAUCUCGUGUCCAUAGCGCGCUACUUUACCAGACCUUGAGCCAGGCACAGACCGAAAAGGUGUUCCGGAUGAACAUCAAGAGGCUCGAAUACAUUGAAAUGCAACGAGAGAAAGUACAGCCUGACUCUUCUCAGCCGUAUCUCCAGCCAGAUAAAACUGGUAUUCUGGAGUUUGCUGAGAAGCACUGGAAGGAGCACGAGUACGAUGAGCUAGGGCGGUGGAAUGGAAGGCAGAUCCGCAACGCCUUCAUCAGCGCGGCAGCAUUGGCGCGCGGCGAUGUUGAUAACAAUGCCAGUGACGGCAGGCCAUCCGUCACGGUGUUGACGGAGCGGCAUUUCCAGGGUGUUGCAAAAAGCAUCACAGCCUUUGACAAAUACAUGGCCCGAGCCCGCGGGGCUCUCGACUCGGAGCGCGCGCGCACGCGGGAGGACCGGCCAUCACCAGAUGAGGAUCCGGAGACGGGGCGGAACCGCCGGCCCUCGCGCAAUCCCGGACUGUCCCGCCCGUCGCUUAGCCACCUCGGAGCCGCGCCCCAGACGCCAACGCCCUCCCGUCAUUAUGCCCAGCCUCCGGUGUCGCCGUCUCCCUCGUACUACGUCCAACCCGCACCGCAACCGGCUAUGUCAGCUCCAGGACAGCAACCGUAUGGCGGCGGUUACGCCUAUCCAACACAGAUGUACGGAACUAGCCCUGGCGCUUCGAUGCCGGUCUGGCCACAGUCUGUGCAGCAAGCUGGGGUACAAGGGCCCCCGCCGGCGAUGCAUCCGCCCCCCCAUGCCCAGCAAUAUCCAGCCAUGGCUCACCAGGGCGGCAGUGAUGCGGGUUUGGCCGUUAGACAAGGUCCGCCCCAACCACACCCCCCACGGACACCUGAUAGUUCUAGCUCGCAACAAGGCCACCAGGGACAUCAUCAUGGGGAGUAA